CAAUACUUCCGGGUGUGUUUAUCUUCGUCAAUGUUAUCCUGAUAGACAGCCUAAUACAGUAGGAAUGUCAGGUGUCAAACAAUUGAUUUUGUUGCUUCUUUUUCGGAUAUGUGUUGCUACAGUACCCUACAAUGAAUUAAUGACAUGGGACAAAGCAAAAGACAAUUGCUCGUUAGCAACACCGGAGUUUACUUAUGAUGGUGAAAUCUUUACUGUAAAGGAGGAUCAGAACAUGACAAAUGAUAUGGAUGGAAAGUGGCUUGGAUACUACAGGAAUAUGCGGGGGUUUGAGUAUUUUGGCUGCAUAGAAUAUCCAGAAAUCUUACGAAUUCAAUCGAAUCAUAUUGUGAAGAAUUCACCAGGAAAUUGUUUUUCUGUAUGUUCACGAAGAGGAUCAGUUAUUGGACUAAUGGGUCAUGAGUGUUUUUGUUUUGAAACGAUCACGGCAAAACAGACACUAGUUAGCUAUGCGUCAUGUUAUGAACCAUGUCCGACACCCUCUGAAGGUUUGGCUUGUGGGGGGCCACCAUUUAUUUCCUUAUAUGUGGUUAAUAGGAAAGUUCUAAACAUCCGUAAGGUGUUUAAUCCAAAAAAUUAUAAAAGUAACUGCGUCAGAAUCGGAACGGACAAGAUGCUUUUGUGGGAUAAGUGCGACGGUGCGUUACACAGUAUAUGUGAAGAUGGAACAACAGCUUACGAUGUGCCUGCUCCAGCCAAAGGUCAGAAAAUUUUUCCAUGGUAUCUGGCAAAUAACUUUUGUUUUGGCUGCAAUGUUCGACCACUUUUAUAUGAAAAUGCUGUGAAAUUUAACGGAAAUACUACAGAAUCUUGGACAGGAAUGUGUCGCAGUCUGUCAAUCUUCAUAUUCUCAGGUAUCCAACCUAUAGAACCUAUUGUUGGAAACGUUCAUUUAGAAUAUGGGUAUUUGAAAAGAUCGGAUGCUUCUGACAGGUACGAAAUUCAGUUUACCAGCAGCAUUCAAGAACAAAAGAAGUCGUUGUGCAAAGGCGAUAUACAAACGCCAAAGGAACAACAACAAACCAAUGAUGGUGAUGAUUCAGGUACAGCAGCUAUUGCAGCUGGUGUUUCAGUCGCUGGUGUCAUAAUGAUUGCUGCUGUUGUUGUUUGCAUGAUACUCAGAAGAAGAAAGUAUGUUAGAUCUAUAUCUAUAUAUAUCUAGAAAACAUAUCCUUUUUGUUUAUGAUAAUCGUUACAUAUACAAAAGCAUUUAAUAACAU